UUGUGAGAGCAGCGGCUUCCGCGCGUGUUAAGGGCGUUUCCCGUGUCCCUGCAGGUGUGGGAGCGGCCCGGACUCCUGCUGUGCCGGGAUGGCUGCUGGGGCGCCUCCCGAUGCGCUGGGUCGGCGGCUCUCCUGUGGCACCGACUAUGGGACUGUGCGCUAUGUGGGCAGUGUGUCUGGAACUACAGGAAUUUGGCUGGGCGUGGAAUGGGAUGAUCCUCAGAGGGGAAAGCAUGAUGGCAGUUAUGAAGGAACGCAGUAUUUUAAGUGCAGGCAUCCUAAAGGAGGAUCGUUCAUCCGGCCAAACAAAGCAAAUUUUGGAGUAGAUUUUCUUACUGCAGUAAAGGAUCGGUACGGAUUGAAUGAUAAGCAAGACGUUCAGUAUGGGACAGGCAAUACAGUAGUAUUUGGAACGAAGACUGUGGAAUUUGUUGGCAUGGAUUCUGUUGCAGAACAGCAAAGACAGCUGAACAAACUGGUGGAUAUUUCAGUGCGUGAGUGUGCAGUGAGCCAUGCUGGUCAGGAAGAGGAAAUCAGCAGAACGUGUGCCAAUAUGAGGCAUAUAAACCUAUCAAAAAAUCUGAUAUCAUCUUGGGAGAUAAUAAUAGCUAUUGCUUCUCAAGUUCAAAAUCUGGAAACACUUAAUGUCAGUGAAAACAAAAUGAGAUUUCCAUCUACAUCAACUUUUACAUCCAGUGCAUUUCCAAACUUGAAGAUUCUGGCACUUAAUCAAACUGAAAUAACAUGGACAGAGGUUCUUCUUUGUGCUCAAGGAUGGCCAGUACUUGAAGAGUUGUACCUUUCUUCUAAUAAUAUUACAGUUUUGGAAAGGCCUGAUAAUGUCCUGCAGACCCUGAAGUUGUUAGACCUUUCAGACAACCAGUUACUGGAUGGAAAUCAGCUGCAUCUAAUAGCACAGCUCCCCAGAUUAGAACAGCUAAUCCUUAGAAACACUGGGAUAUCUUCUAUACGCUUUCCUGAUGCUGAAUUUGGAUGCAAGACUAAAAUGUUUCCUUUGCUAAAACGCCUUGCAAUAAAUGACAAUAAAAUAUCACAGUGGUCAUCUAUCAAUGAGCUUGACAAACUGCCAAGUCUGCGGGCACUGCAGUGUAACAAUAACCCCUUCAUGGACACAGAGAAGAACCCAGAGACCCUGAUACAGCUCAUAAUUGCCAAGAUAAGUCAGUUGGAAGUUUUGAACAACUGUGAGAUCCUUCCUGCUGAAAGAAGAGGAGCAGAGCUUGAUUAUCGCAAAAUAUUUGGAAAGGACUGGCUAGAAGCUGGUGGGCAUUGGAACCCAGAGAAAAACAAACCAAGUGAAGAAUUUCUUGCUGCCCAUCCCAGAUACCCAACACUUUGUCUUAAAUAUGGAGCACCUGAAGAAGGAGAACUGAAGGGACGACAGCCUUUGACUCUGAAAAACCAGCUCCUGACUUUGACAAUUAAGUGUCCUGAGAAACCCGAACAGAAACCAGUGGAGAAAAAACUACCAGAGUCUAUGACUAUUCAGAAGGUCAAAGGACUGCUGUAUCGCCUACUUAAAAUUCCUGGCUCGGAACUGAAACUGUCCUACGAAAGUUCUAAAUUGGAAGGAAAAGAAGUUGAACUAGACAAUGACUUAAAGCCUUUGCAGUUUUACUCAAUAGAAAGUGGAGACUGUGUGUUAGUACGGUGGUAAGAAGGGGCUCUUGCUGGACUCAAGGAAAAGCUGACACAGGAACUGCAGAAGAGAGACAGUGCCUGAACAGAUAAACAGAUGAAUGUGAGUUUCACACGUGGCACCAGAGGGCUGUACAACUGUAUUUUUACCUCCUCAACUUUAUCAUUAGCCUCCAUGGAAACGUCUCCUCACUUGUCCUACUGGAGAGAUACCAAACAAUGCUUAAAUGCUUCAAUUAAAUAAAACCUCAAGGU